AUGGAUGAGACUGUUAUUAAAGAGAUUAUCAGUGCUGUGUCAGAAAGUAACAUGAUGACACAUUGUUCCAAAGAUGGACCUUUAGGAACUGCCAAAAAAAGAGCAGCCUAUGUGCGUAGAGAGUUUCUACUGAAUGGCGUUUACCUGGAGCAACUAGGUGCAAGUGUGAAAGGUACAGUCUUGUAUGUUGCAGCUGACAAUCUUGCUGCCCACUCUCUUGCAGGUUUCCUGGAGAGUUUUAAUGUCGACAAGCUCUGCAGAUUCUGCGUGGCAAGCAGUAGAGACACUCAACAACAAGAGGUAUGUUCUGGUUUCUUUCAGCUCCGAGACAAAGAGUCCCAUGACAGGCAGGUGCAAGAGAUCAGAGAGGACCCAGGAAUGACUCGAGCUUAUGGUGUGAAAGGAGCAUGUCCUUUAACUGAGAAUCUUGAGCACUUUCAUGUGGUCAGUGGGUACCCUCCUGACAUCUUGCAUGAUAUUUUGGAAGGUAUUGUUCCAGUUGAAUUGUCCCUUUGCCUUACAGACCUGAUAGGCAAGACUUAUUUCACCCUAGAUAUGCUGAAUCAGGCCAUCAGAACCAAAAUGCGGCAGCUGGGUCGACUUGAUGUUACUGUCAAUGGUGGCAAGCGAGGAAGUGGCACUACAAAUGGCGAUCCUCCCAACACACAGAUCAAGAAGCCAAAGAAAGGGGAAAUAAAGUUCCUGCCUGAUUUUCCAGAGGGGAUGAAUGACCAGAACAUGGAAGUAGCUCGUGAGGUUCUGGUCAAUGAAAUGAUGAAGACAAAGCCAAUGGAAUCCCUGGUUAAGAAAGAGAUGGAUGUGACGUUUGCUUUUCGCAGAAAGGAGAUUGUCAACGAGAAGCCUGCCAUCAGCCAGGUGGUGCAUCGUUGGCCAGCUCUUUUUACAGAAAAUCAGGUUUAUUAUGAAUUUGGCAGAGUGGUAGGGAAAAAUCUCAGAGAAAACUUCUUGGAUGCACUUGACCAUUUGUCUCCAAGCCUCAUGGACCUCUUCAAAAAGAAAAAAGGACUUACUGGUCAGCUUUUGGCUGAACUUUUACGCCAGACAAAGCAUGUCAACCCUGAGGCCCAACCACGAUUCUUUAAGCCCAGACGUAUUCCUUUUGCAGUCAAGCCCUUGGUGGAGGCUGAGCUCCAGAGACUGGUUGAGGAGAAAAUUAUUGAACCAGUGCAGUUUGCGGAGUGGGCAGCUCCUAUCGUGCCGGUGAGGAAACCAGAUGGCUCUAUUCGAAUUUGUGGAGAUUAUAAACUCACAGUAAAUAGAGCAUCCAGUGUGGAACAAUAUCCCAUUCCAAAAGUGGAAGAUUUGUUCACUCAGUUAGCUGGAGGUCAGAAAUUUUCCAAACUGGACAUGAGCCAUGCGUAUCAGCAAAUUAUGCUGGAUGAAAGUGCAAAGAAAUAUGUCACUGUUAACACACACAAGGGACUGUACACAUACUGUAGACUACCUUUUGGGGUGGCAUCAAGUCCAGCCAUUUUCCAACGCACCAUGGAGGGAAUUCUCCAAAACUUGAAGCACGUUGUGAUGUAUUUGGAUGACAUAUUAGUCACAGGAGCUAAUGAUGAAGAGCAUCUGAGGAAUCUGGAGGAGGUUCUGAGGAGACUAACAUCGAGUGGAUUGAGACUAAAAAGGAGCAAAUGUGAGUUCCUGGGAGAGGAAGUGGUAUUCCUGGGCCACCGCAUCAGUGUUGCAGGUGUGCAGCCAGUCGCAGAAAAGGUGCAAGCGAUACAGGAAGCCCCCAUUCCACAGACAGUGAGUGAGCUGAAGGCUUAUCUAGGCUUGUUAAACUAUUAUCAUAAGUUUCUGCCCAGUCUGUCCACAGUGUUGGCACCCUUGCACAGGUUGUUGAAGAAGGAAACAAAGUGGACAUGGGGCUCUGAGCAGGAAGAAUCUUUUGUGAAGUCAAAAGAGCUUCUCCAGUCAUCUGCUUUACUAGUGCACUACGAUCCUACCAAACCUCUUAUCUUGGUGUGCGAUGCUUCGCCAUAUGGGGUAGGGGCUGUUUUGUCUCACAGGAUGGAAGACGGGACUGACAGACCAAUAGUAUUUGUAUCACGGACGUUAAAUGCAGCAGAAAAGAAUUACUCGCAAUUGGAUAAGGAGGGUUUGGCCGUCCUGUUCGGGGUAAAGAAAUUCCAUACAUAUGUGUAUGGCAGACCCUUUACCAUUGUGACUGAUCACAAACCCCUGAUAGCACUGUUUAAUGAGCUCAGAGAAGUGCCACAGAUGGCUUCUCCACGUAUUCAAAGAUUGGCUGUGACUUCAGGGGGGUAUGAGUACACUAUUGUGUAUCGAGCAGGGCGUAAGCAUCAAAAUGCUGAUGGGCUGAGCCGGUUGCCACUGUCGGAAAAAGGAGUGGAAACCCCAGCAGAGGAGGAGAGAGUGCUACUGUUGGACGAGAAUGAUGUUUCAUUGGUUAAAGCCGAGCAGGUGGAAAAAUGGACUGUUAAAGAUCCUGUGUUGGCUCGAGUAAGGGAGUACGUGCUUAGAGGAUGGCCCAAGACAGUGGAGGAUCCAGUUUUUGGAGUAUACCUUAAAAAACAGGAUGAACUGAGUGUCCAGGGAGGAUGUGUAUUGUGGGGUGCCCGCGUAGUAAUUCCACCCCAAGGCCGGGCAGCCAUACUCCGACAGUUACACAGUGGGCAUCCAGGCAUAACCAGAAUGAAAGGGUUGGCACGGAGCUAUGUGUGGUGGCCCCAGAUGGAUGCUGCUGUGGAAGGUCUGGUAAAAGCAUGUACCAGAUGUCAGGAGAGCAGGAACACCCCUCCUUGUGCACCCUUACACCCUUGGGAAAUUCCACAGCUGCCAUGGAGAAGGAUCCAUAUUGAUUAUGCUGGGCCGUGGCAAGGAAAAAUGUUCCUGAUUCUGGUGGAUGCGUACUCUAAAUGGAUAGAGGCAUUUCCUUUGAAUAAUUCUACAUCUGCUGUUACCAUCCAGUGCCUGAGACAAAGUUUUAGCCAGCAUGGGUUACCGGAAAUAGUGGUGUCGGACAAUGUCAAUUGUUUCACGAGUAAGGAAUUUCAGGAAUUCAUGAGUCGUAAUGGCAUCAAGCACAUAACCACGGCACCAUACCAUGCAGCUUCUAAUGGUUUGGCUGAACGAGCUGUGCAAACGUUCAAGAGUCUGAUGAAAAAGAGCACAGGAGAUUCCAUUGAGGCCAGGCUAGCCAGAGUGUUGUUCAGUUAUCGAAUUACACCACAGUCGACUAUGGGAAAAUCACCUGCAGAGCUGUUGUGUGGACGCAAACUGAGGUCUACCCUGGAUCUUGUUCAUCCUGACUUUAAAAGUCAAGUGCAAAACAAGCAAUUGAAGCAGAAGUGGUAUCAUGAUCUGCAUGCAAAAGAGAGACAUGUGAGUGUUGGUGAAAAUGUGUAUACCAAGAACUUCAGUUUAGGACCUACCUGGAUUCCAGGAACAGUGCAGAAAAGGACGGGACCCUUGUCGUAUACCAUCGCACUUGGUAAUGGCCAGGUAGUGCGUCGGCACAUUGAUCAGGUGAGGACCAGACAGGUGGCAUCUCUGGCUGAAACAGCUGUGGGGUUGGAUACUUCCUUGCAAGAGUUGGAGGAGGGGCCAUUGCCUGAAUCAGUAGACACUGUACCAUCAGGAAACAGUGUUGGACAGCAGGCAAGUGGAAUGACACCCGAGGUUACUGUGUCAGGGACUGUGAAGGCAGAGGAGCAGCCGGAACUCAGAAGGUCUGCGAGGACAAAGAAGUUGCCCAGUUACUUAAAAGACUAUACUUAGAGUAGUGGUGAGUUCCCCAGCCACAGGGCAAGAAUGCGUCCUGGAACUCACUGGGAUGGAGGCAGUCUACCCGAAGUCCCUAGCUUAGACUGUGUAAAGAAAAAAAAAAAAAUCAUAAUGUUGUUAGUAUAUUUGAUUAAGUUGUUAAGGGACUAUUGUUAUCAGGGGGAAGGGGAUGUAGUGAACUAGCAAUAACAUGUCAUGAGGUAGUGUGACCGCUAGAGGGGGUCCUUAGCUAAUAAGAAGCCUUCCACUGAGAGUUCGACAGAGCAGUGUGUUGUUGUCCUAGCCGGAUCCACCUCAUGUAUUUUGUGUGCCGCAUCUGUCAAAUAAACAGCCUCAAAUUACA